GACGUCAUGUUAAGCGACGAUUGGCUGCGCGUGCCAGGCCCCUGACUUCCGGGGUUGUUAGGGCAAGCGAUGGUGUAGGUGUCCCCGGGAGGAGAAGAUCAGGACAGAGCGGGGACCGGCGGGCUGCGGGAGAGGUCAUGCCUCCUCUCCCCGGUGAAGCACACAGGAAGUUGCGGCUCUGCUGAUGGAGAUCUGUGAACGGUCGGCUCCCUGAGGAGGUGUGACGGCAACGCUGCCUAUCCGGCGCCAUGGAGGACAAGCGGAACAUCCAGAUCAUCGAGUGGGAGCACCUGGACAAGAAGAAGUUCUAUGUCUUCGGGGUGUGCAUGACCAUGAUGAUCCGGGUCAGCGUCUACCCGUUCACGCUCAUCCGGACGCGGCUCCAGGUGCAGAAGGGGAAGAGCCUCUACAACGGGACGUUUGAUGCCUUUGUGAAGAUCCUGAGGUCGGAGGGGGCCGCCGGCCUGUACCGGGGCUUCCUGGUCAACACCUUCACCCUGAUCUCCGGCCAGUGCUACGUCACCACCUACGAGCUGACCCGCAAGUACGUGUCGGGCUACAGCAGCAGCAACACGGUCAAGUCCCUGGUGGCGGGAGGCUCGGCGUCCCUGGUGGCGCAGAGCAUCACCGUGCCCAUCGACGUGAUCUCGCAGCACCUCAUGAUGCAGCGGGCGGGGGAGAGCAUGGGCCGCUUCCAUGUCGGCAGAGCGGACGGGAAACAGGCGGUCAUGUUCGGCCAGACCAGGGACAUCAUCCUGCAGAUCUUCCGAGAGGACGGCCCGAGGGGAUUUUAUCGGGGUUACGUGGCUUCUCUGAUGACCUACAUUCCCAACAGUGCCGUGUGGUGGCCCUUCUACCACUUCUACGCAGAACAGUUAUCAAGUCUGUCACCUAAAGACUGUCCUCACCUGCUGCUUCAAGCCAUCUCGGGGCCCCUGGCAGCAGCCACUGCGUCUACCAUCACCAAUCCUAUGGAUGUCAUAAGGGCCCGAGUGCAGGUGGAAGGGAAAAACUCGAUCAUCAACACCUUCAGGCAGCUGAUGGCGGAGGAAGGCCCCCGGGGCCUGACCAAAGGCCUCUCGGCCCGCAUCAUCUCCUCCACGCCCUCGACCAUCGUCAUCGUGGUGGGCUACGAGACCCUCAAGAAACUGAGCCUCAGACCCGAGCUGGUAGACUCGAGACACUGGUGACAACACGCGGACUAGAGAUGCUCCGUAGAAGUGGGCGACGCGCUCGGGCCAACCACGCCUGAAAACGGCCCCCGCGAGGACCGCCCACAAUUCCACUGGAUUGUACACGACCGUGUGUGUGUGUGUAUAUAUUUGUGUGUCUGAGCACAAAGAGAAAACAGAGACUGCAUAUCGUAC